AUGAGUGCUGGAGAUACUUUCACUUUAACUAUGCCAUGUGUAUUCAAGUUUACCUCCGAUGCUAAACAUGUUGAUUUGAACGCAACGCACUCAAUCACCGGCGCAACAACCACCUUUGCUACCUGUUAUUUCAAUCCAGGGGAACUUCUUGUUACGUACUCUGAAUUAUUGUGUGUUUUACUGGAUGAGGUUGACUCUGAGACGAAAGCAUAUGGCGCUAUCACUAUUCCAGUUACUUUUAAUAAUGGAAGAGGAGCAAGUGAUACAGACUUGGAAUGUGCAGCUAUGUUUCAUUCUGGAACCACCACGGUUUCAUUCAGAGACGGAGAUAAUAUUCUUUCUAUUGAUGUUGAAUUUGAAAAGGGGUGUGAAUAUCUAAAUCCAUUGUUACGCCAUAAUCGGAUAUCACUUUUAUUCGAUAAUAGCCAACUAGUUAUAUUCGCUGCGGAAUGUCCUGAUGGUUAUGACUCGGGAACUCUUGGAAUACAACUUGUGUAUGAAGAGCACACAAUUAAUUGCAAUUAUGCGAGAGCUGCUAUAACCAAUGAAUUAAAUGAUUGGUGUUGUGCUAAGUCUAUUGCUCCAUUUACAUUUACAACAAUUUGUAACCAAAGCACUUUCAUUGUUGAAUAUGAAAAUAUUCCAGCAGGUUACAGGCCCUUCCUUGACAUCCUUGUACGAGCACCUCCUCCCGAGAAAAUGAACAUGACCUACAUAGAGACGCACUACUGUUCCGGUCUGUCUGAACUAAUUGACAAUACAUAUCUUGAAUACUGGGGGUCAUAUAUAAACAAAAAUCCUUGGUCCGAUGGUCGUGAAAUUGUUCUCACUACUAGAACUUAUACGGGGAAAUAUACCACAGUAACCACUCUAAGCUUUGAUACAUCCCUUGACAAAACCAAAACUAUUGUUGUUGAAGUUCCAAUUCCAACUACAACUAUUACUACGACAUACGGUGGGAAAGUCACCACAAGAACUACAAAGACAGUGGAACCUGGAGAAACCGCUACUGUUAUUGAAUUACCUGACUACGUUACCAUAUGA